AUGGAGUGGAAAUAGAUGUCUGUUUACGUGUACGCUCAUUUACUUUCAUUAUAUACACACACAACGUACGACACUAUGCUGAAAUAUUACACGCUGGAUCUCGUGCUUUUUCUUGCUUCCGGUUCUGCGUACUUGACACCGCUUAUGACAUCACAGUAUGUUUACCAGGUGAUAUCUGCAGAACACAACUACACGAAGACCGGUCAAACAUUUUGCGGCUCCAACAGUACUAAUCAAACGUUGGAAGACGAAAUAGUGGCACAGGAAGUAUCAAGAUGGACUUUCCGUCACAGUCUGUUUUUAUUUCUACCAGCCAUUGUGGUCGGAGGAUUGCUGACUUCUUGGGGAGACAGAGUUGGGAGGAAAGUAGUGAUGUCCGUUCCCAUCAUUGGAAUGAUCAUCGGUGGGAUAAUGCAAGCAUUGGUUAUGUUGUACAGAUGGCCUGUAUCUGUCUUAUUCGUUGCUGCAGCUGUAAACGGGCUAACUGGAUAUUACAUGACAAUGUUGAUCCAGGGUAACGCCUACUUGAGUGACGUCACUUUAAGUGACGGGAGAGGAAAACGAUAUACGAUACUGGAAACUAUACUCGGAGCUGCUGGAGGUUUCGCAGGUCUUGGUGGAGGAUAUUGGAUCAAUAGUCAGGGCUUUAUUCCUAUAUCAUGGGGAGCGGUCGGCCUCAGCUUCAUAGCUUUAUGCAUUUUGCCAUUUCUUCCUAAUCCCGGAAAAGAGGGAUUCGAUGAUGUGAACCCUGGGACGAGGGAUUUAACACAAGACCGAUACACAUCACAUACAAAUGCCCAUCCAAACGUAUAUGAAACGAGGGAUUCCGGAAAGGAGGGAUUUGAUGAAGUCAUCCCUGGAACGAGGGGCAUGAUUGAACACCGAUACACAACACAUGCAAAGCAACACGACAUUUAUAGUAAUGAAUACGCACAAGAAAAUAAUGAGAAUCAAACUGAAUCAACGCUCCUGCUUUCCGGAAGAAAUAACUCUUUCAAAGAAUCGAAAUUUUGCCAAAAAUAUAAAUUUUUGGAUUUGAUCAAGUCAGCUUUACGAGUUUACAGCUCAGACUAUUCAUCAUGUGACGAAUGCUUUGGACCGGACCCUAAUAUCGACCGGAUUCCAUCUGACUAUAGAUGCAAGCAUGGUGGUGGUAUCAUACGAGGCAAAGUGUGGCGGAUCUGGCUCUAUCUUCUGUCAUAUUUUAUUUACAUGUUCGUCAACGUUGGAGUGUUCUUGUUUCAAUCAAUGUUCUUUCUCUCGUAUCCGCUCUGCUUCACCCCUUUGCUUCUUGGAGCACAACUGGCGAUCCGGUUUACAUCUGUGUGUGCUGCACCAUUGGUCGUUUAUCUCUUUCAACGGUUGUUACAUCUGAGUAACCAAACAAUAAUUCUGGUCGGAUUGCUAGGAUUUUUUAUGUUUCCGUUCACUAUGUCGAUCGCUACGGAAACUUGGAUUGUAUUUCUUGCGACAAUCGCAAUGAUUGUUGGAAGUAUUGCUAAGCCAUUCAUUCAGGCUCAAAUUUCAUCAUUGGCUUCCCAAUCGGAACAAGGAGCUGCGUUCGCGAUGCUGUCAAGUUUUGAGGUUUUAUCCUUCCUACUCGCAACAAUUUGUUACUUGGAAAUGUACCCAGCAACGCAAUAUAUAUCUCAUUGGUUCACUUGGAUUUUUUCGUCAAUUAUAACUGCGGUACCGAUCCUGCUUAUGAGCAUAGUCUGGGUAGCUGACAAAAGGACAAAUCGGAAUAGAACUAACAAUCAAGACGAUGGAACUUCAUGAAAAUGAUCUCUGAUUCUUGAUGUCUUCAAUACAAGUCUGUGGAGCCGGGAAAAGUUUACUAUUGACUCUGACUUGGGCAAAAAUCCCAACCGUCGACUUCCAACUUCCAGACAAAAAUAUAUAAACUUCCAACAAUCGGUUGAAAAUAUUGGCGUGUUGUAAAAUAUUUCGACUUUGACUCAAUCCCAAAAAAUUCAAAUUUUAGCGACUACGAGACCUCUCUGAUAGAAUACUAAGAACGCCCAGUAAACGUACUGCUUUUUGAGUUUCUGUACAAAAUUUUGACUUUUUUAUUACCAUUGAAGAGUGUCGGAAUCCCCCCCCCCCCCCCUUUUAAAUGUAAAAAGAAUCAUUUUACGUAUUAUACAUAACAAUUUUUAUUAGCUUGAAACGCUUUUGGACCCUCAAAAGUCCGUAAUUCAAUCUCCGGGAAUAGCGCAGUCCAGCUUCAAUAAGACGAGUCGACAUGGACAAUAUUUUUUUCUUAGUCCUACUUUUGAUCCCAUAGUUUAUAUUUAACUAAUUUAUUUACAACUUAUUCAGUAUUUAUUUCUAAACUUGCUUAAAUAAACGUGCAAUUGUAUAUGAAA